AUGCAAACUAGAAUAGAUCCAGUUCUGAGUAAAGUUUACAGUUAUUGCUUACACGGCUGGCCGGAUCGGAAAGAUAUAGGGGAUGAAUUUUUACCUUUUGUAAAUAAGAAAGAUCAAUUACAUUUGGAAUACGACUGUAUAGUAUGGGGUUAUAGAAUGGUAAUUCCCACAAAAUUACGUAGCGCUUUAUUAGCCGAAAUUCAUUUGAGCCAUUUAGGAAUAAAUAAAUCAAAGGCUUUAGCUCGCAGUUAUUUUUGGUGGCCGAGUUUGGAUGCAGAUAUUGAAAGAAUGUGUAAAAGUUGUAAAAUCUGUGCCGCAGUAAUAAAUAAUCCACCUAAAAUUGCACCUAGACCCUGGCCCUUAACAAAUAGACCAUGGAGUAGACUUCAUUUAGAUUUUUUAGGCCCUAUUUUUGGUAAACGUUAUUUAAUUUUAAUUGAUACAUACACCAAAUGGAUUGAGGUUGAGCAAAUGAGUUGCACAAAUGCAGAAUCAUUAAUUACCUAUUUGAGAAAAAUAUUUUGCCAGUUUGGUUUGCCGGACGUGAUCGUAUCCGAUAAUGGACCUCCUUUUUCUUCUGCAGAAUUUAGUAAUUAUUUAAAAUUGAAUGGUAUUCGGCAAAUGUUCUCGCCUCCAUAUCAUCCACAGAGCAACGGAGCUGCAGAAAAUGCCGUGAAAAUAAUUAAAAAUGCAAUAAAGAAAGCAGCAUUACAGAAAGAAGAUAUAAAUAUAGCUUUGUGUAGAUAUUUAUUUGAUUACCGCAAUAUAUCUCAAAGUACUACCGAAGUUAGUCCAGCUGUGGCCAUGUUUGGAAGAAACUUAAAAUCUAGAUUAGAUUUGUUAAUACCGAAUAGACAAAACAUUGUGGAAAGAAACAUGACAAAAGUAGAAGAACGUAGUUAUGCGGAAGAAAGAAAUAAGGUUCUGGAUAUGAACGAGGAAGUAUUGGUCAAAUCUUAUACAAAACCUAACAUGCCAACUUGGGAAAAAGGAAUAAUUAAGGAAAACCCAAGCCAAAACAUUUUUGAGGUUAAGACAAAUUCAGGGAAUAUUGUCAGGCGACAUUCCAAUCAAAUUAGACCAUUAAAUAUCCGAAAAUCCCUUCCUUUGUGCACUCCCGAUUCGUUCCUGAGUGAGCCUAGUUCGAGUGAUACUGUAGAACCGAAGAACGCAACAAGCGAACAAAUUGAAAUUGGCAAUACAGUAGAUAUAACUUCUGAAAUACCGUCGUCGUCUCGGUAUAACUUGCGACCGAGAAAUUAA